AUGUAUCACACUGGAUCCCUGGAGUUUCAGAGAGCAGAGAUGGCGACCAAGAUCUCCCACAACAUGAAGAAGAAGGAGAAAGGACAGAGCAUUACGGAAAGAUGCCGGGGCUUCCUGACUACCCCGGUGACCGACAUCAGUGUGCUGGAGGAAAAGAAGGACGAGAUGGGCACCAAGAUGGAGAUGCUGAUCAUGGAGACUCAGGCUGAGUUCUAUAAAGCCCUGGAGGAAGUGGACGGUGGGACAUUCAAGGUGGACAAAUGGGAGAGGAAGGAAGGUGGAGGAGGAAUCAGCUGUGUGAUGCAAGAUGGAAAUGUGUUUGAAAAGGCAGGAGUGGAUGUGACAGUGUUGCUAGGUUGUCUGACUGAGGAGGCUGCGAAACAAAUGAGAAGUGGAGAAAAAGUCCUCAAAGGGAAAAAUGGUAAGCUGCCAUUUUGUGCCAUGGGUGUGAGCUCCGUCAUCCACCCCAAGAACCCUCACAUACCAUCAGUUCACUUCAACUACAGAUACUUUGAAAUAAAAGAGGAGGACGGCUCCAAGCAGUGGUGGUUUGGUGGAGGAACAGACCUGACCCCAGUGUAUAUUGACAGAGAAGACGCCUUUCUGUUCCACAACACCCUGAAGGAGGCCUGUGACAAACAUCACCCGAAGUACUACGCAGACUUUAAAAAAUGGUGUGACAGGUACUUCUACAUCCGUCACAGAGGAGAGACUCGGGGCAUUGGAGGAAUCUUCUUUGACGACCUUGACUCCCCAAAUCAGGAGGAGGUGUUCAACUUUAUUAAGAGCUGCACUCGAACUGUGGUGCCCUGUUAUCUUCCCAUCGUGAAGAAACAUCUUAAUGAUUCCUUCACUCAAGAGGAGAAGGACUGGCAGCAGGUGCGACGAGGAAGAUAUGUAGAGUUUAACCUGAUGUAUGACAGGGGAAUAAAGUUCGGCCUUUCCAUGCCUGGCUGCAGAGUCCUCAUGUCCCUCCCCCUCACUGCCAGGUGGGAGUUCAUGCACGAGCCUGGUAAAGGUUCCCGAGAGGCCGAGAUGCUGGACGUACUCAGAAACCCAAAGGAGUGGGUGUGA